GGGGCUCCUUGAACGCACCAGUGCUGCUGUUGUUUGCUCUGUGUCGCGUUCAAAGACCGAAUUAAAAAAAGUCUCUCAAACUGUCUGAUUUCAGGUCUUCGGCUCUUUUAGUAAGUGACCGACUAACAACACACGUGCCCGCGCAGUGCUCACACUCUAGAAGCCGUGCACGUGAUUCCCUGGAGAUCAGCAGCUCCGGAAGCAAACAGCUAGCAGCUAGCUAUGACUGCUAAAUAACAACAGAAGGAAACAGAGGUGACAGACAGGGGAGACAGACAGGGGUGACAGACAGGGGAGACAGACAGGGGUGACAGACAGGGGAGACAGACUGAGGAGACAGACAGCAGAGGAGAUAAACAGAGGAGACACCCGGUGGACAGCAUCAUCUACUAGUGAGGGGCGGACAGGUCUGUGACAGGCAUGAGCUCGAGAAUAGAGUGUAUAUUCUUCAGUGAGUUUCAUCCCACUCUGGGACCGAAGAUCACAUAUCAGGUUCCAGAGGAAUACAUCUCACGGGAGCUCUUUGACACAGUUCAGGUUUAUAUCAUCACCAAGCCAGAACUGCAAAACAAAUUAAUAACAGUCACCGCCAUGGGAAAGAAGUUAAUCGGAUGUCCUGUGUGCAUCGAACACAAGAAGUACAGCAGAAACGCCCUCCUGUUUAACCUCGGCCUCGUCUGUGAUGCCCAGACCAACACGUGUGCCCUGGAGCCGAUAGUGAAGAAGCUGUCUGGAUACCUCACGACUCUGGAGCUGGAGAGCAGCUUCAUUUCCAACGAGGAGAGCAAGCAGAAACUUUUACCCAUCAUGUCGACCUUGAUGGAGGAACUCAAUGCCACAGGAGCCUGUACCUUACCCAUCGACAAGUCAAAUACCAUCCACCUUAAACUGAUAUUGCUGCGGAAGGAACCCCCGAUUGUCCAGGAGUUCGAUGUCCCAGUUUUCACAAACUGUAAAGAGCAUUUUAACAAAUCUCAGUGGGAUCUCACCACUCAACAGAUCCUGCCUUAUAUUGAUGGAUUCAGACACAUCCAGAAGAUUUCAGCGGAAGCCGAUGUGGAGCUGAAUCUUGUUCGUAUUGCGGUGCAGAAUCUCAUGUAUUACGGUGUUGUGACUCUGGUGUCGAUAUACCAGUACUCUAAUGUGUACUGCACCACCCCCAAAGUCCAGAGCCUCAUAGACGACAAGUCCAUUCAGGAGGAGUGCCUCAACUACGUGACCAAGCAGGGUCAAAAGCGAGCCGGCCUGAGAGACGUGUUCCAGCUGUACUGUGGUCUGAGUCCAGGCACCACAGUUCGAGACCUUUGCUCUCGCUACUCGCAGCAGCUUCAAAGGGUGGAUGAGAGGAGGCUGAUUCAGUUCGGACUGAUGAAGUCUCUGAUUCGUCGGCUGCAGAAAUAUCCGGUGAAGGUGAUCCGGGACGAGAGGAGCCGGCCGCCUCGACUCUUCACCGGUUGUCACAGUUAUGAUGAGAUCUGUUGCAAAACAGGGAUCAGUUACCAGGAGCUGGACGAACGUUUGGAGAAUGACUCCAGCAUCGUGGUGUGCUGGAAGUGAAGUGAAAUGAACUGAAAACAAAAAACUGCUCGGUGCUGCAUUCAGCCGUCUGACUUAAAGAUACAGAGGUGCCUCAACCACAGAUGCCUUCAGUGAGAUGAAGAGUUUUCCUGGAAUAACUGAGAAAAGUGAAGUGUUAUUUUGUAAAUUCAAAGAUAAAGGUGGUAUUUAUUAAUAUUGUAGAAAAAAGAAUCUGUGACUAAUAAAAGAAAAAUUUUCAUUGUU